AUGGAACCGAACCCUUAUGUCGAUCUCCCGACUCCAACAUCUUUUCGAGUCGCCGAGAUUCUCCCAGGAAACACUUCCGACCCCAUCUCUUAUCUCUUACACACGGCAGACUGGAAAGCUGUGCCUUCGUACGAUGCCGUCUCUUAUGCAUGGGGUGAUCCAAACGUUACGAGGCCUGUCGUGUGCGAGGGGAAGAUCGUUAACGUAACGGAAAACCUCCAUUCUGCGCUCACCCGCCUUCGAUUCCCCGAUCGCUCGAGGAAUAUAUGGGCGGAUGCACUCUGCAUAAAUCAAAGAGAUAUUCCCGAGCGCUCCCUCCAAGUCAGACAGAUGCUGAGAAUUUACCGCAGCGCCCAGGCUGUCCUUGUAUGGCUCGGGCCAGACACGGCCGACCGCAUGGCCGAAAUUGCUGUGUCUUCCUUGUUCAAAAUCUCGGACUUCGUGUGCGAAAGACUUGGCAUCCCGGUGUCUGGUUUAGGCUCGACCGAUACGGUCUUGCAAGAGGUGGUAUCUAGGAAUCGCGACUGCCUUCCUCUGCCCAGCGACUGCGACUUUAGUACCGCCUCCACCUGGAAGUCUCUGCGCUGGCUGUACUCCCACCCCUACUUCACACGCGUAUGGGCGAUUCAGGAAAUCGCGGCAAAUAAGGUUCGUCUUGUUUACGCCAAUUAUGAGAUAACGGAAUGGGAGCGUGUUGAGCUUGUCGCGAGCUACAUCAUAAUGGAGACGACAUUUUCAAAGGAGUACGAUUUCUCGACCACGUACUGCUGGUGGGCAGCCUCGACGUCAGAGUGUGCCAAGCAGCCUAAAAGCUGGCUUUUCUGUCUCUAUCUGGCAUCCAAUUACCGGAGCACGGAUGCUAGAGAUCAUGUGUAUGGUCUACGCGGCUUGAUGGAUUUUGCCGACGGUGGAGAACUUCUGGAUGCUGAUUACAGCAAGUCUGUCACAGAGGUGUACCGAGACUCGGUUGAAGCGGCCCUUGUCAACUUCAAGAAAACCGACGUGCUGCUGUACGUCAAUGGGAACCAUAGCCCGUCAUGGAUCCCCCGUUGGGACGAGCCAAUGCUCUUUCGAAACCCCUUCCGAUUCGGAAAACAGGUCCCGUGGCAGCCAACUGGUGACACCAAAGCGACUUGGGGCAUCGACAAACGAGCGAACGUCCUGUCACUAACUGGUUGCGUGAUUGGCACUGUUCGUUUGGCCGAAUCCUACAACGAAAGUAUUUUUGGAAAUGCGCUGCUCAUGUCGGAAGACGGAAGAAGCCAGCUCCACAUGGUAGGGCACGUGGGCGCAGAUGACGAUGAGGGUAUUGACGACUUUGUCGAGGGCUUUGUGUAA